UAAAGAACAGUAAAUAAUCUAAACUGGGUAAAAUGAUGUUACUUUUCUUCCAAACUAGAAAUAUUUAAGUCACUCUUUUUGUUCUGCUAAACGGCGAUUAUCAACUUUGGCUCUUUUACUUGUCCUAUGUUGUUUCUUGCUUCUAUAUUUUAAGCUCAUACAUACCAAUAAGUUACUUGUAAUAAAGAAACAAAAGCUUAGAACAUUUACAAGAGACAAAAAAAAAUUAGUAAUAUUUGAGUGUGUAAAUGAGUAGAGUCUUAAAGAAAGUAAAAAUAAAAAUAGAAAAGUGAAAAAUGGGAGAAUAGAUUGAGUGAAUGAUUUCAGAGGGCAGAGGAAAGAAGCAUCACUGUGUUACUUCUUCUGUCAUUGUCACAUUAUACUUUCAAAGCCAUUCAUCUUCCCAUUUUCUCCUUCUCAUUCUCUCACUUUCAUUUUUUUCAUUUUGAACUUUCUAAUUCCCUCUCAUUCUCACACUUUCUCUCUAAUGGAUGCUACUUCACAACCAUUGAAGUUUCAGACAUGGUUCUUGAAAGUUUCUAUCCAUUGUGAAGGUUGCAGAAGAAAAGUAAAGAAAGUUCUACAAAACAUUGAUGGAGUGUUUACUACAGCAAUUGAUCCGCAACAGAAGAAAGUAACAGUGACAGGAAAUGUUGCUGUUGAGACUCUGAUAAGGAAACUGGCCAAAGCUGGAAAACAUGCGGAGGUUUUGCCGGAGAAUCUUCCUGCAAAAGGAAAAGAUUCCAACAAAGCUAAGAACAGUAACAAGAGUGAACAAAGAGACAAAGAAACCGUGCAAAAGAAAAACAAUUCUUCAGGAAAUAGUACUGAAUUCAACCGUAGUUCAGUUGUUGAAAAUGCUGGUGAAAAAAACAGUAGUAACGCAAAAACUAAGGGGUCGCCGGAAAAGUCUCCGGCAAGUGGUAAGGGACCGGAAAAGGACAACAAGGGAGGAGAAGAUUCUGGGAAGAAGAAGAUAAAGAAAGUUCAGUGUGGUGGUGAAACUGGAACUGGAACUAGAACUAGAACUAGAACUAGAACCAGAAACAAUGGGUUGAGUUCAGCAUCUAAUGGUGCACCUGCACACAGUGGAUCAGAAUUCCAUUGUCCAGGUAAGGUAGUGGGCCAAGUGAAUCUCAGCCCUACACGUCAGCAACCGUACAUGAUGUAUCCAGAAACGUGCUAUCCUCCUUUGGUACAACAACAUGCUACAUACAACAGAUUAUGUCCCAUGGGUACAAUGGAUUGUCCUUCUUACUAUGUUCCGCCAUUACCCUACAUGUGUGCAGGCCUUGAUCGUGACUCUUAUCAGUUUCAAUCUGCACCGUUGAUUCCAUUUGAGUUUUUUAGUGAUGAAAAUGCAAAUGGAUGCUCUAUUAUGUGAUGUUGCACUCUUAACUGGUUUUGGUUUGUUCUCUUAUAGGAUAGUUUUGUUGUGUUAUGGUAAUUUUGUAAGUUAGGGAAAUUUAGCUAAGCAUUAUGUUUUUGGUUUUGUAGGGAUCAUUUUUACAUUUACAAGUUCUUUUUUCAACACUGAAAAUGCUCACAACUUUAGUUUUUUUUUCAACACAUGGACUCACAAGUUUGCUCUACACAUUAGAGUGUACUUAAUUUGGAGAAAUUGUGAUGGAAGGAGAACAUAUCAAAUUGUGCAAUAAUAACUUAUUUACUAC